AUGUCUCGGCGUAUCAGCACUGACAUCUCCAAUGGCAAGGAGGGACAUCCAAACCACCACGAAGACAUUCUCGUACCUACGUCCUCUCGGUUUGAGAAGCUAUAUCUCGCUCCUGAGCAGGCUGUCGCUGGCCAGCUCCGCCAAACAUUUGGCAACCCGACCCCAGUAGCCCUGGGAGGGUUCCUACUCGCGAACACUCCUGCAACCAUCAUGCUGAUGGGCUGGGGGGGUGCCGGCAGUGACGCUGGCAACGCCUCUGCUGGCACCGGGACCUACUUCUUCCUCGGCGCAGCAUUGCUCUACACCGGUGGCAUCGGCGAGUGGAUUCUGGGGAAUACCUUUCCCUCAGUGGUCUUCUUCACUUUCGGUGGCUUCUGGGGUGCUUUCGGUGCAACUUUUACCCCGUUUUUCAACGCAAUCGCGGUCUACGAGAACCCGGAUGGUUUCUACAACUCAUUCGCCAUGUUUCUCAUCUUCAUAGCUGUGCUUUGCUUUCUUUACGCCAUUGCCGCCCUCCGCACCAACAUCUGUCUUGUGGCCAUUUUAGUCUGCUUCACAGUCACUUUCCCUUGCCUGGCGGCCAGUUACUUUGAUGCUGGCCGCGGUGAGGCUGGUCUGGCCAAGGAGCUCCGCAUCGUGGGCGCCGCAUUCGCGUUCGCGACCUCACUGAUUGCCUGGUACUUGUGGUUUUCCAUGAUAUUGGAUAGCGUGGACUUCCCACUGGCCUUGCCUGGCGGCGACCUCAGCAAGUAUACAAAGGGCCGCAGUAAGAAGGACAGUGCUGUGUGA